AAAAAAAAAGAACAACAGCAAAAUCAGGCUUUCUCCGACCGGCUUUCGCAGGUCAUUCGACCGCAAGAUCGAUGAACCGCCCCCCUUUUUUUGCGUAAUCGGUCGUGAUGCGGUGUUCUUUCAGAUAGUUAAAUAGUGCGCAGGAAGACAAUUGAGUGAAAGGUCUGUGUCUUUUCUUCUUUAUGUUCAAUUUAGAGCAGUCGAGGUCUACCGGAGGCGGUUUUCAAGUCAUGCAAAAACAUUCGAUGGAAGAGCAAGUUGAAUCGUCAAGUCUCGAGCAGUGCCAAAUGUUCUCUGUUGCAGUUCGCUGGAUUUAAAUUUAUUCAUUUACAUUCGUUCCAGAGAAUGCAAUCGCUAAUUCUUGUUGUUCUGAUUGCUAUUUCGGUAGCUACAGUUUGCAGUCUCAAACAAGACGAUCUGAUAAUUGCUGUUGGCCAUCAGCUGGAGCUUCUCACUGAUGGAAGUACAUAUCGACGACUGAAGUUGAAUUCUUACAAUGCAUCAAAGCCAUCAGCCCUGGCAUACGAUGCCACGUCGAGAAAACUCUUUUUUGCUGAUCUACGUCAUCUUCACAGCCACAUUUUCAGCGUCAAUGUCGACGAAGAAGUGCCCCACGUUGUAGAGGAUAUCGUCAAGAAAAGAAGCAAUGAAACUGUCGAGAGCUUGACGUACGAUCCUGUUGAUAAGAUGCUUUUAUGGACUGAUGGAUUUAAUCGAUCCAUACGUCGAGUGCAGAUUGGACAAGACAAUCUCCUUGCGGAAGAAAAUGAUGGCGUUGAAGUUGUGCAUUUCUUAGAAUACGACGCUAAACCACGAGGAUUGGUUUCCGAUCCUUGUACAAGAAUGUUGUAUUGGACAAACAUCCAUGAAACUCGUCCAACAAUUGAACGUUCAUUUCUCAAUGGAAGUCGACGUGAAAUCGUGAUCGAAACUGAUUUGUUGUUACCUAAUUCGUUAGAUCUUGACAUGCUGGAACAGAAACUCUAUUGGGUCGAGAGUCUUCCUAGCGGUUACUUUCACAUUGAACGAAGUUUCGUGAAUGGAACAAACAGAGAAGAGAUUUACCGUGGCAUCGGCCAAUUUGUCAUCAGUCUUGCUGUUGGUGAUGAUUACGUCUACUGGAGUGAUUACAAUCACAAGAAACUCUGGUACGUACGGAAAGAUGGCUCUUCGAAAAGAGCCAUAGCUAUUGGAACCUUUCGCCAUCCAGUAAUGGAUGUAGUGGUGUUGCGUCAUCAUCCAAUGGACUGUUGCUUAGUUCCAUCAAAACCUUGCCAUCCAGUCGAUAUCGUUUCGAACUCGGAGCCAAUUCAUAGCGGACGUGGAAACGCGGACGUUUGUUUAGAUUUUUGCAACAACAAUGGCGAAUGUAUCGUCGUGAAUUCUGAUUUACGUUGCAGUUGUUCGAUCGGAUUCAGCGGAGACCGGUGUGAAUUGGUAGACGAACAGUCUGUUUCGUGGGUCGAUGACGAUGAGCUCAAAGAAGUGAACGAAUCUGAUGUCGAAUCGUCGCUCCGCCAAACGUCUCCCGUAUACGAAACGAUAGCAAAAACGUGUAUACCUCUUACGUGCCUUCUUCUAAUUGCAAUCGCCACCGUUAUUAGACUGCGAUUCUUAACCGGCGGUAAAUUAACGCAAGGAUCGUCGAACAAGACGAGCAGUGUUGUUAUCACAGAAGAUUUAGAGAACAAUUCUCUUUCAAUGUGUGAAAGGCCGGGCACGCAGCAGGAAGUCACGACCGAUUUAAAGAUAGACGAUAGCUGGAAACAAACCGGUGAUUGUGCCACUUUAUUGGAAAAUGAAUUUUGAAAUGCCAAAACCAGAAACGGCUAUCUACUUUUAAUCUUUUCCGAGUAAUCUAGCGCUCCUUCCUGCGUAACAUGCAGGACUUGCAGGUGCAUGACGCUAAUGCCAAGGUGCCCUUAAACUAAAGUCACCGUAAAAAUGCGUUGAUUCUAUCGUUGCCCCAUCUAGAAGAUUCAACAAUAACGAGGACUCUAACAUUUUUCAUUUUAAACUCACUUUUUGAAUUUAAGAGUACCAAUUCACCAUACAAUGUCAAUUAUCAUACAAUGUAUGAAUUCCGUUAACCGUCACGCAUGCAUUGUCACGCACACAGUACAGUCAUAGAAGUUUAA